AUGGUUUCUACUAAAACAGGUUUACCAAAACAUUGGACUAUUAAAGUAUCAAAGACGCAUAAUAAAGAAUAUUAUUUCAAUCAAAAGACAAAAGAAAGUUCGUGGACUCCACCUGAUAAUACAAAUCAAGAUGAAUUAGCUGAAUAUAUUAAAAAUUUUAAAAAUAAUCAAUACAAACCAGUUAUAAAUGAAGGUAAAAUAAGAGUUAAUCAUUUAUUAAUUAAAAAUAUAACUUCAAGAAAACCGAAAAGUUGGAAAAAUCCUGAUAUAACUUUGUCAAGAGACGAUGCUAUAAUUAUUUUAAAAAAACAUUUAAAUAAAAUAUUACAAGAUAAUGUUGAAUUUAGUGAAUUAGCUAAAGAAGAAAGCGAUUGUUCAUCACAUCAGAAAGGUGGUGAUUUAGGUUAUUUUUCAAAAGGUCAAAUGCAACCAAGCUUCGAACAAGCUGCUUUUAAUUUACAUGUCGGUGAAAUUAGUGAUAUAAUUGAAUCAGAUUCUGGUGUACAUAUAAUUGAAAGAACUGGAUAA